AUGAGCCUGCUUCAUCGGGGCCUUACCCUCCUGUCCUUGGUGGUGAUGCUUCUCCUCUGUGUGAGUGCUGGCCCUGCAGUGCCCACUACAAGCUCCCGGAGUGGGUUCCCUGCAGACUGCAGCCGCCUCCGCAAGAACAGCCCCAGUGGGGUCUAUGUCAUCCAGCCAGCAGGGUCUCCCCCACGGGUGGUUUGGUGUGACAUGGACACCGAAGGCAAGGGCUGGACUGUCAUCCAGAGAAACUCUCAUGACACCGAGAUCACAUGGAAGGAGUCCUGGACCACCUACAAGUACGGCUUUGGGAACGUUAGGGCAGACUACUGGCUGGGCACCGAGUACCUGCACCUGCUCACACAGCAGAACACCUACAAAGUCCGCUUUGUCGUGCAGAAUAAAUCCAAUGUCACCCAUUAUGCUGAAUAUGACAUCUUCAGCGUAGAGAGUGAGGCCAGUGGGUACCCUCUGAGGCUAGGCAGGUUCUCUGGUGAGGGGGAGGACUAUCUGACGACCUACCAUACCAAGCAUGGGGGCAUACAUGACAACAUGAAGUUCAGCACUCGUGACAGGGACCAGGACCAGGCCAGUGGGAACUGCGCCAACAGCUACGGGGGCUGGUGGUAUGAUAAGUGUCAGAACAUCCUGCUUAAUGCUAAAAAGUACAUCCUAUGGCCAGGAAUCUGCAAUAGUGGUGACUGCAAAUCUUCCCUUAUCCUGGUCAAACCCACAGAUGUGUGCUGA